GUCGCACCAAAUGCAUGCUUUUGGGGGCAAUUGUUGGGUCUCUGUAAAUUAUAGUGUGGUCUAGACCUACUCUAUCCUUAAAGUGUCCUGAGACAACGUCUGUUAUGCUUUGACAUUAAAAAUAAAAUGUAACUGAAUUCAAACAAUUUUAGGGUUAGCAGCUCAAUAGCCAGGUGACACAUACAACUCCUAUGGGGCCUCCUGGUAUUGGUAAAGGUUGAGAUACAUUGACCUGAAGCCUCAUACUGAUCUCAAUUAACUGAAAAGGCUUCCGAACUAUCCAUUAUGCUCUUCUGGCUUCUCGAUGCUAUUAGUAGGGCAGUGGCACUUCUGCCACUGCGCUGUGGAAAUAGCUAGCAUGUAGGCUGCACGCCGUCACUGUAUAAGAACAUUUAUAACUCUGAUCUAAAACUUGCUGUUGGGACUCUAAGCUGGAGAAAGAAGCAGGACGGAUCUGUGUUACUAUGAGACAUUAAAUACAAAGGGCAUAAGCAGAAGGAAGCAACAAGUAUUGAUCGGCACGGUGGACACAGUCAGUAUUGGCCUAUAGCAGACUUGUCCUUGAUCAAGAUGACACACCUGAAACAAUUCCAAGGUAUUCCCAUGUCAAAGUCAAUGAGAGAUUUGUGUAAGGAGGAGGACUAUGCGUUUCUGGGAAUGUCAGAAAAGACGACAAAAGUAACAGCGGAAAGAGCCGGAGAUACGGAGGACGACUGGCGAGACAAAAAGGAGGAGAGGGUCAGGCGGCGACUGGAGAGGGAGCAGUUUGAAAAAGAGCGCCUCCAACAAAUAGAAGAAAGCAAGAAGGAGAAAGAGCAGCAGUGGCGGACUCGUGUAGAAAAGCUGACCUCCAGCCAGGAGAAGACUCUGCAAGACAGACUGGCAAGACUCAGGAGAUUCAGGGAGUUCCAGAGGAAGGUGCUAAUAGAGGAGUCAGGGAUGGAGGGCGGGGGGGCCACCCUCGCGGUCAACCAGCUUCUCACCAGGAUGUAGAUGUACUAUACGAGAGACUGACUCAUGAUUAGGACUGGGUACCGAACUUCAAUACUUUUUAGGCACCGACCGAAUUGCCUCCAAUAGUAUUGAGUAUUGAAAAAUGCCUAUACCAAAGGACUAAAUCUCAUCAGCGUCAGUGAGCCAAUAAGCAUGCAGCAUGCUUGUACCAAGAUCUAAUAAUGCUUGUGAUUGGCUGUCUAAGGUUACACGUCGAAGAGGCAGGUAGGAAAAACUCUACGAGACGGGGCUCACGUGUGCGUGUUGUAUUUUGA